AUGUCAAUAGUCUCAGCCCUCAAGGGCGACUUGCCGCAGCAAGCCCGGUCACUGUACCGACAACUCCUCCGCCAGGGCGAGCAGUUCCAAGCCUACAACUUCAGGGAAUACGCGAAGCGACGGACGAGAGAUGCCUUCCGGGACAGCAAGAGCGUCGAGGACCCUCGCCAGAUACAAGAACUCAUACAGAAGGGGCUCAAGGAGCUACAAGUCAUCAAGCGGCAAACCGUCGUCAGUCAGUUCUUCCAGAUUGACCGCUUAGUGGUCGAAGGGGGCAUGGCGGGCAAGGAGACGGGGAAGUCGAACAACAUCGUACGGCAGAAGGACACAGGCUGGGACUGA